ACGACGGCAGUGCAUUCGUCGCUUCGAUAUCGACACGGUCGAUAACGCUCUUCUUUUCCUUUCUUUUCUUUCCUUUUUUUUUCAAUUUCUUUUUUUUUAUCAUUUUCUCCUGAAAUCUCGUCGAAAAGGAAAUCUAACGCCCGCGCGGAGAAAGUCGAAGUAGCGCAGAUCUGCGAUUUUUCACGCAAAUUAUCGCCGAUCAUCAUCACCAUCGUGCUGAUCCCUUCCGGUAAAACGAAAGUUGAGAGAACGGUCAAGAGCGACGAUCGAUCGAGAUAGAAGAGAGAAAGAAAAAAAAAAAGAAGAGAAGAAGACCACUUUCGCUUUCGUCGAAGUGUCACAAUUGUAGUGUGUGUUACGAUUUUUGGACGAACGUCGAUCACUUGAGACGCAAUCAACGUGCGGUAAUUAGAGGAGAACAGGUCAUCACCUGCACGGCAACAUGUCGAUCAUAAUGCAGUAUAUAGACCGGUUCCAUGAUAUGCUGGAUAAACAUGCAGACACAAGGACGACUAAUUGGUUAUUGAUGAGCUCGCCUUUCCCCACGUUAUUUAUCUGCCUCAGCUAUGUUUAUGUUGUCAAGGUACUCGGACCAAAGCUCAUGGAGAAUCGGAAACCUUUCCAACUUAAAAACACCUUAGUAUUCUAUAACCUGUUCCAAGUGAUCUUCUCCGCAUGGCUCUUCUAUGAGUGUCUGAUGGGCGGAUGGUGGGACCACUAUAGUUUCCGCUGCCAGCCGGUGGAUUAUUCCAACAGCCCCACCGCGAUAAGGAUAGGGAUAUCCGGAUGGCUGACUGGAGACUAUUCUCUAAGAUGUCAACCUGUAGACUACAGCGACAGACCCGAAGUGCUGAGGAUGGUCCACGCAAGCUGGUGGUAUUACUUCUCGAAAUUUACAGAAUUCAUGGACACGAUCUUUUUCGUGUUAAGAAAGAAGAAUAACCACGUAUCCACGCUGCAUGUGAUCCAUCACGGUUGCAUGCCCAUGUCGGUCUGGUUCGGUGUCAAGUUCACACCAGGCGGCCACUCGACUUUCUUCGGUUUAUUGAACACCUUCGUCCACAUCGUGAUGUACAUGUAUUAUCUUCUGGCAGCGAUGGGUCCAAAGGUGCAGCCAUUCCUCUGGUGGAAAAAGUACUUGACCGCUUUCCAGAUGCUGCAAUUCAUCGCCAUCAUGGUUCACGCCUUCCAGUUGCUCUUCAUCGAGUGCAAUUAUCCAAAAGCGUUCGUCUGGUGGAUCGGUCUGCACGCCGUGAUGUUCUUCUUCUUGUUCAGGGAGUUCUACCAGCAAAGUUACCAAGAAAGUAAACCCAGGAAAUCAAAUGGGGCGACGAUAUCGAACGGCGUCGCUAAGGAUAAUCAUCAAUCAAAGGGCAAGCAUGCGAAUGGCGUCAUAAAUGGUGUCGCGAACGGCGCCGUCAACGGUUUCGCAAACGGCUCCUCGCCCAGGAGAAGGGAUGCUGCCGAUUAUUACGUGAAAGGCGAAAGCCUAGCGACGGAGCUCAACCUCCGAAAACCGUUCGCAAUGAAAGUCGAGUGACCCUCGAGCGAGCACACAGCCUAGUCGAUCUUCUCUCGCUACGACAUUGUUUUUUCUUUUUCUUCCGCGGAAUCGCCGAAAGAUUAAUGGGUCUUCUUCCUCUUGUCUCUUUCUUUAUCUUUAAUUUGUUGUAUUAUCUAAAUACAAAGAGUUGAAGACCCUGCCGAGAUCGAUGCAUCUAUCGAAAAAGAAAGAGUACAAAAUUACGUUGCACGUAUUCGGCUCGCGGUAUAUAGCAUACGUAUACAGCAUACGUUGACGUACUUCAUCAACGAUACGAUAUUUCACUAGCGCGAUGGUUUUCCAGCUAGAUCCGGACAGUCGCGUGCGACUAUAAUCCGGCGACUGACACAGAAGGAUGCUUAGGCGGAUCGUAUCCUGAUGCUCCCGCAUGGACGGGCUGUGGAAAAAUGAAUAGUUUUUAAAUCGGGUUUUACGAAACAUUUAGAUAUAAAUAAUUGUGCGUUUUUAGCGAUCUUAACGAUAAUUUAUGCUACUUGCCAAGUAAAUGAUUCUCAUUAGGUGACUAGUUUGCGAAUUAAUUUUGCAUGGUUCAGAUCACAAUUGUAGAAAAAAAAGUUUUGAAAAGUUUUGAUGUAGAUCAAAUUGCAUAAUAUAAUCUCCAUACAUCUUCGAAAAGAUGACCUUUACACAACAUACUGUGUAGAUUAUCCUUCUCUGGCUUGCUUUUAAUGAUAGUGUUUAUCGUGAAUUAUCAGCAGUCUAUUGCUUCGGCAAAAUCACGAAUAAUUAGAUGGAAGAUAGAGGAAGAACCGAUUCAAAUUAUAAAUAAAAAGAAUUAUUUAUUCCUGAGUAUUCGGUGAUUCUGUGGCGAGGAAAUCACCGCGUCGACAUUCCUUAUGGGUCAAUUUGCAGCAAUUGGAAAUUAUCAUUCUUUAUUCUGUUUUCAUGACGCGAUACAAAAAAUGUUUCAUCAGGUCUGAUAAAAAUAAACUCAGUCAAGGUUUCACGAUCACACGUUCCUAAUCUCUCGAAAAUUCGCUAGCUGACAGCAUGACCUUAGUAUUACAUAAAGAGAUUAUGCGGAUGUAUAUAACGAUAAAUUACAAUAGCAAUUUGGCGCGAUACUGUUACGCAAUUAACCGAGAAAUCUUUUGCAUUUCGAUGACUCGCUACUUAGAAACAUACAUGGAACCGAUGACCUUAGCUGAUCGAGUCGCGAUCAAGAUUUCUUAAUUAUGUAAAAACGCGAAAGGACAUUCAAAAGCGAAGAACAGAUGAAAAUCAUAAACUUUAACGAUUAAACGUUUCAUAAAAU